UGCAACUCACCAAUAGGAGCUGAAGCUACAAUGGACAGGAUUGAAGUUUCUUGAUCAAGAUAACUUAGUAAAAAAAAACGAGUACUACAGUGUGAACAUCUGCAGCCAGGACAAAAAUUCUCACUGAAAUUUCUGCUCUGAUUAUACAAUGGCCUUCGGUGCUGGCAAAUCAAGACCAGUACCAAGCAUUUUCCUUUUUAUACUCAGCAUUACAAUUGGUACAUUAUGUCAGGGGCUUGCCUUUAAUUACUCCGUACCGUAUCGAGCUGUUAAGCUCGGAAAGAACGUAAAACUAACUUGUGUCUUUGCACCUCCUGCACAAAAACAAAAGUUUGAUGUCAAGUGGUAUAAAUUUAACGAAGAGCCCAUUGAAGCGCGCGAGAUAUCGGGAGUGACAACCGGAAACGGGGACACAUUUUCUUGGCUUCUUAUUACGAAUGCAUCAAAAAUUCAUUCUGGGAUUUACUACUGCAGUUCGUCAUUGCAGACCCAUACAGAUUCACGGUGUGGUACAGAAAUUAAUGUGAUAACAAGAACCUUUGCUAAAGAUGAUCGAGAUACUAUGUACACAAUGAAGGACAUGUUAAUUUUAAUUCAAGGUAUACUGCUGAUCCUGUGUCUCACGUUGCCAGGAAUGUUGUUUCUUAAAAACAAUCGAACAAAGAAGACUGAAGAAAUAGAGACAUACCAUAUGUAUGAGGGUUUGGAAGUAAUGCAGACAGCAAUGUAUGAAGAUAUCGGCAAUGUCAGACUAGCAGAUGCUAAAUGGACAGUUGGCGAGCAACCUAAGGAAUAAAUUCCACAAUUAUCUCAUUGCUCACUUGCAUUACAAACCUAUACCAAUGUUCCCAUGAACGAUAUUUUCAAAGAAAUCCUAUUACUGCUAUAAGAAUCAACUUGAAGAAAAUGGUCAAGGUGGCUUACAGAAGUGAUUUUUGGUUCCCAGUUGACACUUCAGUCAAGUCUAAAUGUAUGAGGCAGCAACAUUAAAAGCCCUAAAUUUUGCAGAUCACCCCUUGCCUAUCCACAAGCAUGUAUAAACUGUUUUGUUUGCCUUUUGUACUUUAACAUUGGGAAUAUUUAAUUGAGUCUUAAUUAUAUGAAGAGGCUUCUAAAUGUUGGGGAUAUCUAUUGCUGAUUUGUAGGGAAAUUGUCUGCACAGUUUAAUCGAGCGAUUGAUAUAUUUCAUCAACUUAGAGCUGUUUACUAACCACAUUGCAUGUAGCAUUAUGGAUAGUCAGGAAAAUUAUUGAUAUGUGCACAGUUAUUUGUAUUGGUGCAUAUACCAUCCAAAAUAAUGAAGGGUACAACACCAGUUAAAGAUUUUAUCCUUUUGAUAACCCUUAUUUUGUCAGCUGAGUGUAAAGUUGUCUAUUACAUCAAGAUGAGAUAAUGUGCAUAAUAGAGGAGACUACAGGUAUUGUUAAUAUGGGAAAAUAUCUUUCUUUUUCCAUAGAUCAAAAAUUAGGGAAAAUUAACAGUUAACCUGAUAUAAUUUAUACAAAUUUUCACCUGAUGUGAGGCAUGUUAUAAGGACUUUUUAAAGGGUUGAUGUGAUCCCUGAACAAUAUGGGACACUUUGAGUAGCUUGUCAAAGUCAUCUUAAGCUGAAAACAUUACAGAAAAAACACACCCCAAACCACAUAGCUUUUCUGUAAAUUAGACAGCAUUACAGGCUAGACAGAGGUGUUUCUUUUCUGGUAAUUUGUUGACUUCUAAUUAUUUUUCUAUCACGUGGUCACAGAUGUCAGUUUUUAGUGACAAAAUCAAGUUAUUCAUCCAAUAAUGAUACGGUACGAACUGAUUUUCAACAAUGAUGUUUGGAUCUAUUUUAAGGAAAUUUGAAUGUGUAUAUAUUGUACAAAUAAUUGAAUGAGAAUCUUGCUAUUAUUACUAACAAUGUGCUAAUUAAAAAUAUAUGUAUGCUUGAAAUUAACAACGUGUUCACCUCCAUGCUUUAGAAUUCAAGGAAAAAUGUAAAUUCAAGGAGUUUGUUUAAUUGUUCUUUAUUUGGAAUCUGUGAUCACUUACCCACUUUUAAGUGCACUUCUUCAAAGGGUAACUGUAUGUAGCCUAAUUAUAAAUGAUUGAAAAUCAUUUCAUGCUUUACUUUUUUUAAUUCUUAUGAGCUGUCAAUAGGUGCAGACAAGAACAUGAGGCUUACCAAGCCCACUCAUUGCAGGCAGCAAGACAACUUCACAGAGUUUACCCUUCUCUCAAUGCUUUAGAGAUGACCUAGUGCAUAUUCCUUCUUACAUUGUAGUUUGCAAAAUAAUUAAAGGAAAGAAGCGUGAUCCCACAAGCCAACCCCUGUCUCAGAGGUCGUAUACACUCCAAAUGUUUCACGCUCAAACAUAUAAAUGCCCAUUAAAUUCUAGAUUAUUUAUUUGUUGUUAUUUUUAAUAAUUUGCAUGAAUCUAUUAGUUGUGAAUGAAAAUAAUGUUCUAUUUAUUAUCCCGAAGUUACUUCUUUGUCCUUUAUCACCGUAAACUAUUUGUUUGAAUUUAAUUUGCCAACAAUUUUUAAAACUGCUGUUAGUUUGAUGCUGUACAUACCCCAUCUUUUCAAUAGAUAAAAAGGAUUUAAACAACUAGAAAGUUCCACGGUUUCUAUUAAACAUUAAACAUAAAGGAAUUCUAUUUAAACAUUGCUUUCUAAGUUGAAGCAUAGUUUUGCACCUUCAGACAGGGGGGCAAAAAAGCAAAUUAAUGCAAAUAUUUUUUGCUUCCUGUGAGGUAAUCGUUAACAUUUAUCACCAAGUGAUGAUGUCACACUGCUGGCUGCUGCUUGCUAAAACGCACAGGGACAAAAUAAAAACCAAUAUAGGAUAGUUUUUUUACAUUGGAAAUUUUAUCAAAACAGGUUUUCACAAGCAACUUAGCAGAAACAGAGGUUUUCUCUGUAUUAAUGGCUAUCCUGUGAACUAGUGCAAGUGAAAUAGUAUAAAAAUGCACCUAACUUGCUGCCUUCAAUGUAAUUUCAGCCAGUAGGAGGCAGUGUUUCAUCAUGCUGUGGUAGCAUACACUCCAAUGGCUUCUUUUAGUAAGUGCAAAAUAAUUGGCUUUCUUUGCGUCAUUUAUCUAUAUGUAGAGAUAUAGUGAAAGUAACUGAAGUAGAAAUUAAUUAUUCGUGUUAGUUAUGUCCAUUAAGUGGAAAUCUGAUAGGGAUUGGAGUAAUCCUUUUAAAGUGAAAAUACUUUCUUUUUGGAAAUCUUUGGUAGAUAACUAAAGCAAUUUCUAAACAAAGUAACCUUACUGUUUAUCCAUUUAUACAAUGAACACAAUGAUGAAUUGCCAAGGAAUAUCUGAUCGACAUAUUUUGGUU